AUGAUCGACGCCCAGGAACUUAGAAGGCGGUGGACGGACCACCCGAGGCCCGGCAUCGUCUUCCACCCGCGCGACGACCGACACGAGUAUCGCGAGUAUGCGCCCGAACCUUACGAGCGCGAGUUCCAUUUCCGGGGCUGCCGCAGCAUCGUCUUCCUCCGCGGCGAGCGGACCGGCACCGAGGAGGACGUGAUUCUGAUGACGCAGGGCUCGGGCCACAUGGCGCUGCCCGCCGGCGUCCAGGUGCUGGUGCAGUCCGGCUACGCCAAGUGGGAACCCGCGGCGUCGGCCGGCGGAAGUGGAUCGACCGUCGUCGGCGGAAUGGGAACGAGUGGAGGCUCCCGCGCCCCGCCUCCGAGCCGUGUCUCGAGCUAUGCCCGCUCCUCGACCGGCUACUCCGCCUAUAGCCCUUCUGCUGCUGGCCGGAGCAACACACAAGGCUACGUCCCCGGUCCGCCUCGCGGCAGCUCCUACAUGUCGGCUUGCAACGUGCCGCUGCCCCCCAGCGACGUUGGCGGAAGAAGCACCGUCGGAUCGGGCGACUGGGAGGUGGUUGAGCAGAUGAGCAGCUACGGGAGCAGGUCGACCCGGGACGACGCCUGCAGCAUCGCGCCCUCAGAGAGCAUCAGCUCGGUUGGUAGUCGCGGCGGUGCUAGCCAAUUCUCCCGCCGAUACACUAGGGGUUAUUGA